UUUAAUGAUUUCUAAUUUAACAAAUUUCUAAGGCAUCUCGGAGAUUUAUUUAUUUUUAAAUAAUACUCAUGGACGUUGCAUUCAAACAGUACUCCACCCCACAAAUUGCUCGAAACAAAAACAAGAAUCACUAAGAGAAUCUCGAUAAAACACAAGCACAGAAGUCCAUAAACUUUGGCACAUAUGACUUGUUUUUCUGAACUCUCAAAAAACGGGAAUUCCAACCCUUACACUGGAGAAAGCAAUGCCUGUUUGUUAUAACCAUAUUUCUAAUCAUAACACACACUAGUGAGUGGGGACGGAAAAUACGAAGGUUUAUUCAAAACUAAAAAGAUUCCUUUGUUAUUGUUUUGGGGCAAUUUUGAUCGUUGCAUUACAUUCUAAUUUAGUAUUAGAGGGGUUCCUGGUCUCCAUUACAUUUCACUCUUUACAUCAACAAAACAAAAGAGGAAGCAGUCAGCUAUUUCUCAACUUCUACAGGUGAAUUAAAAAGCCAAGAUUUAACCAUGGAACAUAACAGUGAUGCUGAUUUUGAAGUUCCAAUUCUCUCUAGUUCUGAGGUUAUAAGCAGAUUGCAAGAGAAAUUUGGCAGUCACAGUGAGCAGCCUUACCCUGCUAUGUAUUCGAGCAUAUUUGGUGGUGUGACAACAGAUCCAGCUCUUAUGGUAAUUCCCAUUGAUGAUCACAUGGUUCAUCGAGGACAUGCUGUGUUCGACACUGCUUUGAUAAUUGACGGUCAUCUGUAUGAAUUGGAUGCUCAUCUGGACAGAUUUUUGAGAUCUGCAUCCAAGGCAAAGAUUCUCUCUCCUUUUGAUCGCUCACAUUUAAGAACCAUUCUUGUACAAACUGCAGCUGCAUCAAAAUGUAAGAUGGGGCAUGUAAGAUGUUGGUUGAGUGCAGGUCCAGGAGAUUUCUUACUUACCCCUCCUGUUGGCCAACCAACUUCUGCAUUUUAUGCCAUUGUGAUUAAAGAAACAUAUUUGCCAAUCAAGGAAGGGGUUUCAGUUGUAACAUCAACUACACCUAUGAAAUCUCAAGAGAUGGCAACCAUGAAGAAUGUCAAUUAUUUGCCUAAUGCCCUCUCAAAAAUGGGUGCAGAAGAAAAAGGAUCUUACUCUGCUAUCUGGGUUGAUGAUGAAGGUUAUAUUGCCGAAGGACCAAAUGUGAAUGUCGCAUUCAUUAGUAAAACCAAUGAACUAUUAGCACCCUCAUUUGAUAAGAUUUUAAGUGGAUGCACUGCCAAAAGAAUGUUGGCACUUGCCCCGAAGUUGGUAGAACAAGGCUGGCUUACAGGGAUUCGAGUUGGAAACAUUACUGUAGAAGAAGCCAAAGAUGCAGCUGAGAUGAUGCUUGUGGGAAGUGGGCUUCCUAUUCUUCCCAUUACAAUGUGGGAUGGAAAGCCUAUUGGCAAUGGUAAAGAAGGUCCCCUCACAUUUUCUCUUUCAGAGCUCCUUUGGGAGGACAUGAAAGCUGGGCCCGACUCAGUGCGAACUCCCAUUCCAUAUUGAUUUAGUUUGUUUGUGGGUUGAAAUUCUUAAAUUUUUGGUUCUAAGUUCUAUGAUUAUUUAAUGAUCUUAAUGAUGUAAAUUCAAGUAUGAUACAUAGAAAUUGAUACAUUAUUAAUGCUAUUUUAGAUUUGAAUAAAAAGGAUAAUGUAUUCAUACUAGCAGAUAGUAUGGAUUUAUUUCAAAUGCAAUGCAAUGUCAGAUAGAGAACAAGCUUGCAACAGACUGGUUCAAAUUUUAUGUUAGCGUUGGUUUUUAUCAUACCGUCAUGUAUGCAGAAUAUUUGCAUUUGAAAAUUACAUUUUUAGCAACUGAAUAGAAAUGAAUGUAUUUACUUCA